GUGCAUUUUCCCCCUAAAUGACAUUUUCAGGGGCAUCUUUUUACCUUUAUGAGGGCAUAUUAUUUUUCUAACCAUUUGAAACAUAAACUCUGUCUCAGCCCUUUUUGUGAAAUACUUUCACUUAAUUGAUUCAUGAACGGAAAUUAUCAAGACUGACAAUUUAUUACCUCUUACCAAAAUCAACGAAUAUUCUGUUUUCAAUAUAAGUUCAUCUCAGUCGACAGCAUUUGUGUAGUAAUGUUGAUUUGUGUCAUUAAUUUUGACUCGUUCCACCUUUUCUUUAAUAAAGCACAAAUGUGUGUUCCAGUGAGACACUUCCAAUGCAAGUCAAUGGGGUUUAAUCUGUAACAUUAAAAUACUGUUUCACAAGUAUAGACACAAGACAUAAACAAUAUGUGUGUUAACAUGAUUUUACUCUUAUUAAAUCACUCACUGACCACAUCUGUGUGAAGAUAGAGACAAUUAUACAACUCCGUUGCCAUGACGAUGUAAUGCCGUAAUCCCACAUAAUGAUUUAAAACAACUUUAGAGCUCAAAUAAUCCACAAGUUUAAACAGACAAAUUAAUAUAAGUGUUUUUAUACAAUUAUAAACGUCACAUUUCUGUGACCCCAUUGACUUCCAUUGUAAGUGUCUCACUGGAACACACAUUUUUGUUUUUUUAAACAAACAAAUUAAAAAGGAAGGACUAGUCGAAAUAAUGUUCUUUUUUUUUUGUGCAAAUCAGCAUUAGACCAAAAAUGCUGAUAAUUGAGCUUAACUUACAUACAGUCUUAAAUACAGAAAGUUACUUUACGCAGACCCGCCCACAACAUUAUCAUAAAAUAAGCCAAUGGUGAGCAGACCCGCCCACAACAUUAUCAUACAAGAGACAGAAAUGUAAGAAUAAAUACAAAAAUAAAUAAAUGUGGGAAUAUUUAAAUAUAGAAAUAAAUACAUGUGUGGAUAAAUAAAUAUAUAAAAAAUGAAUGCAUAAAUAAAUAAUAAAAAAAACAAAAACAAAUGAAAGAAUAUUUUUUUUAAAGAAUACAAAUAAAAAGAGAAAAUAAUAAAUAAAGGAAAAAAAGUCAUACAAAAAUAAAUUCAGGAAUAACUUUCAUUAAAAACUAAUUAUAUUUGUUUUAUCAAGACAUUUAUUCCUUUAUUUAUUUAUUAUUUUUGCAUGUUUUGUCCUCCAUACUAAAGAUGUUACGAUUAAAAAAUUAACAGGAAAAUUCAUCACGAGAGCAUUUUUUGCCCAUUGCACUCAAUGUAUGUAUAUAAUUUCUACUAGUAAAUGUAUUUAUUUAUUUUGCAUUUGUCAUUAAGUCAAAUUUUGAUAAGCUUAAAUAAAAUUGUUUGAGUUAUGCUCUUUAUUUAGAAUGAGUGCCAAACACAGUGCCAAAAUUAGAUGUAAAGUAGUCGCAGGGCAAAUCAUUACAAAAAAUAAACAGCAUUUGUUUUAAUGCCAACUGGCACAAGCACUCUGUGAAAGGCCAAGUCUGGCACUGACGUCAUCCUGUCUGCACAUAAGCCCCGCCCCGUGCCUACAAGCCCCGCCCUCCGCCGCUUCCCAGCCAACUUGGACUUGAAUGAUGUGCCGCACAAGUCCGUCACGCCGCCAGACGGGUGGAAAGUAGCACAGACCGUCUGGGAAUAACAGCGGGAAGACUGGAGCACAGAGGCAGGACAGCGGGACGGGGGUGGAGGGACGUCGGCUAAAGGAACGCCGCGGUGAAGCGAGAGCGAGCGCCGUCCGUUUUCCACGUCGAUCCGCGGGAUCGUUUCAAUGUUCAGCUUCAUGGGUCUGAUGAACGGAACCACCGACACUCACACCAAUGUCUCCUGUACAUGUGACUGCAAGCGAUCCACUUCAUUCCAGAGUAUGGCGAUCACCCAGUUGGAGUUUGUUCAGAUUCUGGUGAUCGUGGUGGUGAUGAUGAUGAUGGUGGUGGUCAUUACGUGUCUGUUGAAUCACUACAGACUUUCUGCUCGAUCGCUCAUGUCUCGGCACGGACAACAGCGCAGACAACACCUGCCCCUGCCGUCGGAGGGCAGUUUGUGGUCAUCAGAGGGUCCAGGAUCUUCUAGUGUCGUGACUGAGGUGUAUAUUCCUCGACCACCAGACCGUGUGCCGUCUUACCUUCAGCGUGAGCAUCUGUCUCGCUUCCAGCCCACGUAUCCGUACCUGCCACACGCCAUCAUCGACCUGCCCCCGACCAUCUCACUGUCAGACGGAGAGGAGCCGCCGCCCUAUCAGGGUCCCUGCACACUUCAGCUAAGAGACCCGGAGCAACAGCUGGAGCUGAACCGAGAGUCGGUGCGAGCCCCUCCAAAUCGCACCGUCUUCGACAGUCCGCUCAUCGACGCGUCACUGUGCCCACCCAGCGUCAAUGCGGGCAUCAGCGCCGGGCGGUUAGAAGGCGCUCCACCCGCUUACAACGAAGUUAUAGGGCACUACUACCACCCCGAGUCAUUACCGGGACACACGCGGACCCAGUCCGGCACUGUUGUGCCGCCAUCGGUGCUGGUGCACGGCGUGCUUCCACCGCAACUCAUCCGCACGGACAGCAGGAAUGCCCGCAACAAAGAGAAACACAAAGCACAGCAGGUCUGACGGCAUUCUAGCGCU